AUGUCGGUUGAGCUGCGCCCGAUGCCGAACUCCGGCGCUGCCGCCCCGGCGCCGCAGACUGAUGAGGAGGACGGGAAUACCUUGAUCCACACUAUGCCGCCAACCGACAAGGGCGCAGCCGCAUGGAAGUUGUUGCUUUCCAGCUUCGUUAUUGAAGCUCUGCUUUGGGGAUUCCCCUUGACCUUUGGUGUCUUCCAGGAAUACUAUUCCUCUCAACCAGAAUUCAAGGGCGACUCCAACAUCGCUGUCAUUGGCACAGUAUCCACCAGUAUCUACUUCCUGGGAGCCCCCCUCGCCGCCCCGUUAGUGAAGAUAUUCCAUCGCUACCAAAAGCACAUGGUUGUUAGCGGCUGGGCAAUGUGUAUUGCGUCUCUGGUCGGCGCAUCUUUCGCUACCUCCGUCGCGAGGCUCAUCGCAACCCAGGGCGUACUCUACGGCUUCGGAUUCCUGAUGCUCUACUUCCCGGUGCUGCGAAUGCUCAAUGAGUGGUUCGUCGCCCGGCGUGGCCUCGCAUACGGCGUUCUUUACGCUGGCGGCGGAUUCAGCGGUGUGGGAAUGCCGUUUCUGCUGCAACUAUUGCUGUCGAAGUACGGCUACCAGACUACACUACGUGCUGUUCCCGUCGCUCAGUUCCUUGGUGUUGCACCCGUCUUGCACAUGAUCAAGGGCCGACUGCCACCGUCGCCCCACGGUGCCAUGCGGAUGUUCGAUAUCAGCUUCCUGAGGCAACCUCUCUUCUACUGCUUCGCGCUCUCGAACCUGUUCCAGAGCUUCGCUUACUACAUCCCGUCCCUGUAUCUGCCUUCUUACGCCAGUGCCAUUGUGCUAUCGGGUACCAUGGGAGCGCUUCUCCUUGCAGCCCACAACUUGGCAACCGUUUUCGGACAGAUUGGUUUCGGAUGGCUUUCUGAUCACACGAACAAUGUCUUUAUGCUCAUUUUCGUUUCUUCUUUCACGUCAGCGGUUGCGGCGUUUAUACUCUGGGGAUUCGCCCACUCCCUGCCACUAUUGGUCAUUUUUGCACUGGUCUUUGGCAUGUUUGCUGGAGGCUUCCUCAUCAGCUGGCCGAAGUUUGGGGCGAUGCUUUCCGACGACCCACAGCCCGUAUACAGCAUGAUGGCAUUUGGCAAGGGAAUCGGAAACUUGGCUACGGGUCCGAUUACCGCUGGAUUAUUAACCAAGCCGGUGAGUGGGGGGUACGGGAUGGGCCGUUAUGAGUCGCUCAUUCUGUUCUUGGGCUCUUUCAUGUUUUGCUCUUCCUGGGUGCCUUUGCCUGGCCUUUGAAGAAGCGAGCUUAAAGCGCGGUAGAUUUAGUAUAGUUGACAU